CUAUGACCUUUGUCUGAAAGGAUCUGAUCAUUCGUCUCCCCCUUUCUCUCUCAAUUCAAUUUCAAUUGUUUCUUUCUUUGUAGCAUCACACUACUUCAUCUCUCGAACGUGGAAGUGGAGUAAGUAAACGUUGGUCUGCUAGUAUUGGCUUCAAAAGAAUCGUAGGAGAGAGAUUUUACAGACAAAAACUCCCAGAAAGUUCUUAGAUUUCGAUCUUGAUUUUCAAAAUGGGUCUGUGUCAUUCAGUAGAUAGGAAGGAACCAGGAGAAACAAGCACCACCACCGCCUCUACGGCUGAGGAUACACUAGGCUCCGGACGGUGGCGGCGGCCGAGAGGUUACAAGGGCGGCGGCGAAAUCGAAGGGACACAACAGGUGUUGGAUCGGUUGAUCUCGAAUGGUUCAAGUAAAAGUGUAUGUCUUUACACACAGCAAGGCAAGAAAGGAACCAAUCAAGACGCUAUGCUCUUUUUUGAGAACUUUUGUUCAAGAGACGAUACAGUGUUUUGUGGUGUGUUCGAUGGACACGGACCAUUUGGUCAUAUGGUCGCCAAGAAAGUCCGAGACACACUGCCCUUCACACUCUCAACACAGUUGAAACUAGCAUCAGAGUCAGAACAAAGCGUCUUAGCAAACGAGGAUGAAGAAGAAGAAGGGCAGAGAAACGAGUCUGUAACUACUACUACUAUGGAUGAGCAAUGGUGUGAGUUGAAUCCAAACGGUGAACAGCUUCCCGAGAUGUAUCUGCCUCUUAAACAAGCCUUGCUCAAGUCUUGUCAGCAGAUAGAUAAAGAGCUUAAAAUGCACCCUACUAUUGAUUGUUUCUGCAGCGGCACAACUUCAGUCACUUUGAUCAAACAGGGCGAGGACUUGGUGGUCGGAAACAUCGGUGACUCUAGAGCCGUUCUUGCCACAAGAGAUCAAGACAAUGCUUUGGUCGCUGUACAAUUAACCAUAGACUUAAAACCAGACCUGCCAAGUGAAUCAGCGAGAAUCCAAAAAUGUAAAGGCAGAGUGUUUGCGUUGCAAGAUGAGCCUGAGGUAGCUCGUGUAUGGCUACCAAACAGCGACUCACCUGGUUUAGCAAUGGCUCGAGCUUUUGGUGACUUCUGUCUCAAAGAUUACGGUCUUAUCUCGGUCCCUGACAUCAACUACCGCCGCCUUACCGAAGGAGAUGAGUUCAUUAUUCUUGCUAGCGACGGGGUAUGGGAUGUGUUGUCAAACAAAGAAGCUGUGGACGUUAUUGCUUCAGCUCCUAGUCGAAGCACAGCAGCUAGAGCUCUAGUGGACACAGCUGUUAGAUCAUGGAGAAUCAAGUAUCCAACUUCCAAGAACGAUGACUGCACUGUAGUCUGCCUCUUUCUCCAAGAUUCAAGCAAUGUAGCAAAGGAUUCUCACAAAGAAGACUCUGUAGAGAGUGUCAGUAUUAGUAACAAGGAGGAGGAGGAGGAUGAGAUUGUUCAGGUUAAAGAGGAAAGUGCACCUAAGAGUUGUGGGAUUGAGUCGAAGAUGAUGACAAUGACAAUUGCUGAGUGUAUAUCGGUUGCACAGGAUGAUGAAGAGUGGUCUGCUUUGGAAGGGUUGACUAGGGUUAAUAGUUUAUUGAGCAUUCCAAGGUUGUUCUCUGGUGAGCUUAGAUCAACUAGUUGGAGAAAAUGGUUGUGAAUUCUUUUAUUUUUUUUGUUUACUUGUGUGCUUCUUAAGUUAAAACCUACACAAACACCACACAUCAUCACCAUGUUCUUUGUUUCAUAUAUCCAACUUUUUUUUUCUUCUUCUUCCAGUUAA